CAUAAUAUAAUGAAAGUAAUGAACAUCACAAAAUAAAAAGAAAAAUUAAAAAGACAUCAUAUCAUCAUCGCAAGCAAGGAGAGUUCAGAGCUCUUAGCUAGUUUUGAAGCUCUGACAGUUUCAGGGAAAAAAAAUCAAAAUUCUAUAAUGGAGCACACUAAGCUGCCACUUUCUGAUGAAAUACCAUAUAAAAGUUCAUCUAUGACAAGAAAAGGAGCCUAUGUUGCACUAUCUUAUAUGGUCUCUUCAGUUCUAUUGAUCAUAUUUAAUAAAGCAGCCCUGUCUUCAUAUAGGUUCCCAUUCACAAGUGUAAUGUCACUUUCUCAGAUGGCGUGUGCAUUUGUCAUUCUCUAUGUUUUGAAAUCGAUGAUGAUAAUUUCUUUCACAACUGCCGAAUCUAAGAGCAGUUCUUACAAUCCAGUGAUGUUUGUGCCAUCUAGGACAUUAGCUCAAACACUUCCUCUUGCAUUACCUUAUUUGCUAUAUGUUGUUGUGACGAUGGAAGCUGUCCGUGGGAUAAAUGUUCCUAUGUAUACUACCCUGAGGCGAACUACUAUUGCCUUCACAAUGAUGAUGGAGUAUUUUAUAGGUGGAAAGAGACAUUCAAAUAUUGUUAUUAUAAGUGUUGGAGUGAUUAUAUUUGGUGCGUUUAUUGCUGGAGCUCGAGAUCUUGCAUUUGAUUCCUAUGGCUAUUCAAUUGUUUUCAUUGAAAACAUGUGUAAAGCAGUAUACCUUACUUCUGUAUCUCGUGUUGGCAAAUCCACUGGACUUAAUGUUUUUGGUCUUAUGUGGUGUAAUGUUGUGCUUUGUGGACCAAUCUUACUGCUGUGGUCUGCAUUCAGAGGUGAAUUACAAUCAACCUUGAAAUUUCCUUACUUAUUAUUCCCUGGAUUUCAGGCCUUGAUCUUUCUAUCAUGUGCUUUUACUUUCUUUAUGAACUACAUUGUUGUGUUAAAUACAACAAUCAACUCAGCCCUUACACAAGCAAUUUGUAGUAACUUAAAGGAUGUCUUUACUAGUGGAUUCGGUUGGCUAUUAUUUGGUGGGCUUCCAUAUGAUUUGUUCAAUGUUCUUGGUCAAUCAAUUGGCUUCCUAGGGUCAUGCUUAUACGCUUAUUGUAAAACAAGAGGAAAAUGAGGAACAUGUUCCAUAUUUUAAAGGCGUGCAUGCAAGGCAAGAAAGACCCUUUUGAAACAUCACAACACACUACAAUAUUGUGUAACGUACAUGUAUAUUUUUGGUCUUUUUCAAAUUUAAUAUUCUCUAAAUAUAGAAAUCAUACACAAAAUUUAAGGUGUCGUAUGUGGUGGCAUCAAAAUUUUGGUGGCUAAUAUGGCUAUAGAUGAGCAUCCUGUAAGACUAUGACACGUGCAGAAAAAAGCAUAUUAUAUUAUUUGAUGUUUGGCAAA